AUGUGCUACAAAUGUGACAAGCCUGGGCACACCGCACGAGAGUGCCCAGAAGGAAAAACUUGUUACGAAUGUGGGGCUACGGGACAUAUACGACCUGACUGCCCAAAGCGUCGGAAUAGUGUAACACCCCACGAGAAGACAGCGAAUAACGGAUUUGGAAGGAGAUCGGAGAAUAGGAAGGAGCUACCUAAGGGACGCGGCCGAGUUUACAACAUGACCUUGAAGGAGGCCAAGGAAACGCCCGAUGUCGUAUCCGGUAUGUUCCCUAUCAACGAUGUGUAUGCACAUGUAUUAUUUGAUUCGGGUACAAAUGGUAGUUUUGUGUCUACCACCUUCUGCCACUGUCUGAAUAGGAGUGCCUGUAGACUAGACAAAACCUACACUAUAGAAACAGCCGACGGUAGUCAGUGUAAGGUAGACGAAGUAUUUGAUAAAUGCACAAUCGUUAUAGAUGGGAAGGAUUUCCCCGUUAGGCUUAUGCCGAUGCGCUUAGGGGGUUUGGACGUGGUCUUAGGGAUGGAUUGGCUGUCCAACAAUCAUGCGCAAAUAGUAUGCAAUAAAAAUAUGAUCCAAAUUCAAACCCCGAAAGGAGAAGCAAUUCAUGUUUACGGCGAUCGAAAGAAGUGUGGCGGGGGGCUAAUCAAUGCAGUUAAGGCAAAUAGGUGUCUGCGGAAGGGAUGUGUGGCUUACUUGGCACACGCCAUCGACGCCAAGCUCGAAAAGAAGGCAAUACAUGAUGUUCCAGUGGUAAGGGAUUACCCAGAAGUAUUUCCGGAUGAAUAA